CGAGUUUUUCAGGUGAAGAAUUUAUACAGGUAUUAAAAAAAAAAAAUAAAGUUAAACAUUGAAAAAUAAACGUAUAAUUCUUUUUUAAGUAGUUUUUUCAUUGGAAGUCAGUUUAACACAUUUAGGAAUAAGAUUUCAUCAUGAAGGAUGAAGAAUUCCGCAUUUACUGUGUGCAGAAAGGAAUUGAAACUAUCACAGAAGAUCUUCAAGAUGUGUUCACUUUUUUGUGGAAUGAAAAGUUUCCUGGGACACCUUUCACUUCCACAGACCUCAAGCAAAAGAUUUCAAGCCCGCUUCUCAAGAAGAUGCCCAAACAACAUGAACAUAACAACAACAUAAAAGAAUGGGACAUCAUUAUGUUAGCAUAUGUAAUGGUGGAUGCUGAUGUUCUAGAGCUAAGAAGCAAAGAUUUCAGCUUUGCUGUAGCUAUUUCUGGUAUAAAACAACACAGAAAUGAUAUUUAUCACAGAGUCCAUUUUGCUUGUGACAAAAAAGAGUUCGAGAUUUAUUUUGGGUCUCUUGAAAAGUUAGCAAAAUUUUUAGAUUCAGACAAGUACAAGAAAUCUUCACAAAAUAAGAAAAUUGUUAAAGAAAUAGAGAAAUUCCAUCACCUUAAGCUAACAUUUGGCGAGGAAAAAAAGACGAAAAAAGAAUACAAACAAAUGGAAUUUGAUAUAAAACUAUACCAAAUCAGAGAACAAUAUACAGAAGAGAAAAGCAAACUUGAAUAUCAGCUAUUUGAUCUACAUGAAAAGCUUGGUAAACAAAUGGCAGAAAAGAGUGAGAUUCAGAGAGAGCUACAGAAAAUUUCCAGGGAAACACAAAAACUAAAGGAUGAGUCGAAAGAAAACAUAAGUCUACAGAAAAAAAUCGAUUUCAAUCAAAAGAAGACGAAAAAUCUGCAGCAAAAACUACAUCAGAAAAGGACAGAAAUAUUUAGAGAAAAUGUAAAAAAACGAGCCCUAAUUCGAAGGUUAAAGACAAGAAAUGAUGAAAAUCAGGUACUGAGGCAACAACAAAUUAUGUUGAUAGAAAAUUACACAAGUCUUAUGGAACUUACAGAUGUGAAAACUAAGGAAAACAAAGAACUCCAUGUGCAAAUACAGUCAAAGACGGAAGAAGCCAUCGCUCUUCAGACAGAAAAAAAGCAGCAUCUUAGGGAAAUCAAAGAAAUGACUAUAGAAGGAAAACAUGCAAAGAAACAACUUCAAGAAAAGGAUAUGUACGAAAUGGUGAUAUCAUUUGCUUUUCUACUAUUUUUAGUACUGAUAUGGGUCAACAAGAGCUAUAGUACUCUUACAAGUACUGUGAAAACUGAAAUUCAAAACAGGACAAUACAAGAACUAACAAAAACAAUCCAUGAACAAGAGAAGAAAUUAAAGGACCAGUAUACAAGAAUUUACCAACUUGAAAACAAAGUGUCUAAAACAAUGAAAGAGAAAUCAGAACAGAAUAUGACAGUUAUAGAACUAACAGACAAAAUCAAUGAACAAACAAGGGAACUGGAGGACCAAAACAAAAGAUUAAAUCAUAUAAUACAGGAACAGUCUUUGCAAAUUGAAAACCAGAACAGGACAAUACAGGAACACAGUGAAACGAUCCAUGAACAAGAGAAGAAAUUAGAGGUUCAGUAUAAAAGAAAUGACCAACUGGAAGAAGAAAUGUCUGAAACAAUGGAAGAGAAAUCUGAACAGAACAAGACAAUUAAAGAACUAAAAAACAAAAUCAGUGCACAAGCCAGGGACUUAGAGGACCAAAGCAAAAGAAAAAAUGCAGUCAUACAGGAACAAUCUUUGCAAAUUGAAAACCAGAAGAAGACAAUACAGGAACAAAGUGAAACAAUCAAUGAACAAGAGAAGAAAUUAAAGGACUUGGGUACAAACAUUGACCAACUGAAUGGAGAACUGUCUGAAAUAAAGAAAGAGAAAUCUGAACAGAACAAGACAAUUAAAGAACUAAGAAACAAAAUCAGUGCACAAGCCAGGGACUUAGAGGACCAAAGCAAAAGAAAAAAUGCAGUCAUACAGGAACAAUCUUUGCAAAUUGAAAACCAGAAGAAGACAAUACAGGAACAAAGUGAAACAAUCAAUGAACAAGAGAAGAAAUUAAAGGACUUGGGUACAAAAAUUGACCAACUGAAUGGAGAACUGUCUGAAAUAAAGAAAGAGAAAUCUGAACAGAACAAGACACCUUUACUCCAUAGAUACGCUUUUUACCACCUCUGUCCAUUCCCUAAUAGAUACUCUUUUUGGCGCCUUCAAGUUUAAAAGCGAAUU